AUGCCAGACCUGAGCGAGGGUGGCGGGGGGAAUCUGCGCGGUAGCAACACCUAUUAUACUUACACCAUGGUCGCUCCGGCACAGCUAAAUUCGGCACUACACCCACUGAUGGCCGAGGACGAGAUGACCGGCCACGACAUGACGACGACCUUGCGCAGUGAACUAGCUGCUCUGCAGUACAAGAGAGACCGGCUGCUCUCCGAGCUGCAAGACAUGAAGGGGCAGCUACGCAGCCGCGACCAACGUGCCCAGGAACUGUUGGUGGAGACAGAGCAGCUCAAGGAGCAAGCAGCUCGUCAGAACGCCAUCAUAGCGUCACUGCGUCGGCGCAUUCAGGAGUUGGAAGAGAAGGAAAGAAACCUAACUCUAACCUGCGGGCGAUCUGAGAGUGCGCUGACAACUCUGCACAGAGAGUCGAGGCACCACGAGGACCGUGCGAGGGAACUUGAACGACAAGUGGCACGUCUCGAGUUGGAGUGUCACAAUGAGGAACGAGAGAAGACCGCGGCGCGACACAAUCUGGGAGACUUUGUGCGUCGUCUGUCCACAGCUCUUGGGGCAGAGAGUCCAGAACCGACCAGCCAGGAGGGGCUCAUCCAUAAGGCUUCUGAAUUGGUGCAGGAAACCUGCCGCCUCCGCAAUCGGUCUUCGAACCUGUCAGACACAUUAUCCAGCGUAGAAGUAGAGCUUCGAAGUUGCCGAGAUGCCCUGGAGAGAGCGAUGGCUGACAGAGACGAGUUGCAGCGACAAGCUGCCUGUCACACUGCGGAGAUCGACAGGCUCAGACAGGAAAAAGAAACACUGGAGUUACAGAAACACACUUUGGAGCAGGACUUGCAUGAACUAAGAGAAAGACUGAACUCUGUGAGCAGGCAGCUGGGGUCAGCCACUGGAGACAUUGCCGCCAAGGAGGUUACCAUCUGCAAUCUUAGAGAUGACCUGAAGCAGAGGGAAGAGAAGGGGCAGAGACUUCAGAAUGAGUUGCGUCAUCUACUGGAAUCUCUGGCAAUCAUGCUUAGCACUCCAUGUCGUUUCGUGGAGUCUCAGGAAUGCGCUGUUAAGGAUAGAAUUCGAGAGUUGCUGAGUGACAAUAAGGAUAAGUCUUCUCAAGUGGACCACCUGAGAGAUAAAGUGGCAGCGUUGUCAUCACAACUCCAUCGAGUACAGGAGUCCUUGGAUCUAGCAAAUGCAAGAGCACGCAAUUUGGAGGAGGAUAAGAAUGCACUUGAUACACGUUUGCACAGCACUGAAGCCCAGCUGAGUUCUUGUGAAGCUGUCAAGGAGAAUUUGCGUAGAGACAAAGUCAUUUUUGUAACAUUCUUGGAUCGUUUGGCUCGAGCUCUUAAUAUGGAUGAAAUAUCAAAAGAGGUUGGAGUGGACUUGCAGACUGAAUCUUUGCUGAUGAGAGCAGAACAGCUCACUCGUCUUGAGAGUGACAAGCUCAUUGACAAGUUGUUGUUGAGUUAUCCAUACUGCACUACGAUUCCUCGGCUCAAACGAGAGCGCUCAUGUUGCUACCCACGGUGUGAAUCGGCCGUGGUGUACCAGCUACAGAGGAGAGUUCGGACGCUGCGGGACCAGCUACAGCGUAGGGAUCUGCACCUGGACUUGCUGCGGAGAAAGCUGACACUUCACGAGGACCACUGCAGAGUUCGCUCUCUGCUGGAGGCUGAGCGGGACGAAGCCAAUCAAAGAGUGAAGAAGCUGGUGAAGCAAGCUGACCAACUGCAGCUGAGUCUUAACGAAGCACGAGCAGAAGUGAGAGAUCUGAAGCUUCAACUCAGUGAAGCUGGGGACUACAAGACAACUGCUUUGGAGAGAGCCCGAAAAAUUGAUGAAUUACAGAAAAGGCUACUAGACUCAGAAGUGCUUAGAACUCGCUGUACUCGUAAGGUCAACUUGUUAAAAGACCAGGUGAAGACAACAUCUGAGACGGUAGAGCAGGAGAGGUCUAUGUGUGACCAUUCCAUGUCAGUGUUGAGAGAUGAUCUGGCAGCUACUAAAGCCAAUCUGGCUGACACUCUUCGUCGGGAGAGCACUCUGAACAGUUUCCGGACGUCUGUAGUGAGUCUGCUAGGGUUGGAGACUACCUGCCCAGACUACGAGGUCAUAGGUCGCCUCACCAAGGUGAUGAACGCUUACAGAGAGUUCUCUUCUGUGUCAAGGCGUUAUGACGACCCUGUACUGCCCCACGUCCACAUCAGCCCUCACCGGACCCCUCAUCACAGCCCUCGCCGGACAUCUCACAGCCCCCGCCGCACCCCUCGCUUCUCUCCUGACCACAAGACCCCUCGCUGUGAUGACUCCGGUUUCCUAGACCCUAUCAUCGAUGACUGUGAUUCAGACCUCAACAGUAUCUACAACAAAAGACCAUAUAGAUCUUCGUGACCAAUCAAGUUUUGUUAAGGUGUUCUAUUACUUUUUAUGGUAGUAAGACAGAAUAUUUCAAGUGAAUGCGAUAUACUGCAGAUUUGCAAAACAGCUAAGUUCUUUAAACAAACCAUUUUUCUUUUUAAUUAAUUUAAUUAUUUAUCAACAAUAUAUUAAUCCUGUUUUGAGGUGGCUAUAAUAUAGUUUUCACAACUUAGAUGCAAAUGACCUUUUUAGACAUUACUUUAUUUAUCUCCUGAACAUAACAACAUGUGAGGUCUUCAGCUUUUGAUUCAACAUUAAAACUUACAGCUCUGUCUUGUAUCACAUAUGUGACUUGAUGAAGAAAUGGAUAAUAUAUUUGUGGCUUCAUUGUCUGUACAUAAUGAAAUUUUAAUAAAUAAAUCCAUAACUCAUAAUCAAUCAGGUUUUCAGCAUUAAACAUGAAUUAAACACGUUUAGUCUACAAAAUAUUUCUUGUUCAAAGGCCAUAAACUAUCUUAAGCUAGUGUUUCAAAAUAUAAAAGCCUUUGAGAAGAUUUAUUACACACUUAAUUACUUGACAAUCCUCUUCAAAUUCCAGAUAAUGGUCAAUAGUUUUUUUCUAUAUAUCAAGCUGAACAUUUUAGCUUGAAAGUCAUCAAUUAG